AUGGAGGCUACGGGAGCCAGCGGCUCAACGCCCUGGCUACAGACGGCGAAUCGGAUUAUUGUCGCGAUUGGGCUGUCGCUAAGCACUAGUUGUCUUGCAAUGCGAAUUUUUACCAAGGCGGCGAUAAUGAAGAAAUUUUGGUGGGAUGAUGCGGCAGCGGUCAUCUACAUUCCUUGCCUUGCAUUCGCGAAACUGGCAUUGCUUAUGCUAUACUACCGGCUACUUAACGCCGUGCAAGCCUGGACAUACGCCAUCUACAUCAUCGCCUUCAUCAUCUCGGGUUAUAGCAUCGCGCUGCCUUUGGCUCUGAUCUUUGCAUGUAGCCCUAUCCAGAAAGGCUGGGACAUUACUAUAACCGGGGGUUCUUGCAUCGAUAGACCGGCCGUGUAUCUCGCAACGGCCAUUACAAAUACUGCCAGUGACUUGGUUCUGAUCUUGAUCCCCAUUUGGGUGGUGUGGGGACUUCGAAUGCGUCUCCUCCCCAAGAUAGGCGUGAUUUUCAUGCUUGGUAUCGGGUGCCUAACUAUCGUCACGAGUAUCCUAAGGCUGGCAACUUUAUGGCCUUUGGUGACAACGCAAGAUGUAUCGUACAAACUUGCUCUUGCCAGCAUAUUCAUUAACAUCGAAGCCAAUUUCAUCAUCAUAUGUGGCUCUCUGCCUUAUCUCCGUCAAUUCGUUCGUCAUUAUACAACAAACCCAUUUCCCGGUUACUGGAUCAUCAAAUAUCUACACAAGUCCCCUCCAGACUCUACGACAGAAAGGGUCUGCGACAUGCAGGAAAUCUGA